AUGAUAGACGAGUCGAGAUUUGUCGAAGCCCAGGACGCUCUGUCGAUUGCCUGGCGAACCAGAACAUCCUCCGCAAUCGAUACUGCCGUGUCUAGAUGGUGGUCUCUGCUCUCCAUCACAAGCAAAGACGACAGAUACAGUGAUGUGCUCGCUUCAUAUGCACUUUCUCUACUCCUGCGCUGGAGAAGCCGACGACACGUUCGAGACAUUGACGCUGCGAUUGGGUCUUUGGAAAACGCUCUUAGCUACCAAGAGGAGAUGCCGUCCUUCGAGAGGCUCGAGAAUCAUCUUAAUCUUGGCGCUGCGUAUAUGGAUCGCUGGGAGGUAUUCCAGCGAAGCCCACGAGACUUGGUCGAAGCUGCAGAUCAAUGGGAGAGAGCACAUGCUAUAUCAUCAAAGAUUGGACAUAGUGUGAUGUCCGCAAUGCAUAUUCUUCCCAAUCUUGGAGAUGCGUAUUGCUAUGCAUACGACCAAGGUGUUGCGGAGCUUCCUGUGCUUCAGCUUGCGAUCAAUUGCUUUCAAACCGCGUUACCAUAUGCGUCCCCAGGCGUCAGCGCGAGGAUCCACUACAAGGCUGCUGAGACAUACUCUGUUUUAUUCGAACGGAGAAAGUCGCAGGAUGACCGGAAGUCAGCAGAGUCGCACUUUGAGGAGGCCCUCGCCGGCCAGUUACCGCCGGAUGAAGCAGAGAGGCGAACCUCCAACUCAGCAAAUUCUACUUGGAUGAAUACAGCAUUGUACUGGGCUCGUCGUGCGGUGUACAUCAAAUCGAAGGAGGGGGAUCCGCUCAUCCUUCGAAAGGUUGCCGGCCUCUUGGUCACAAUGUCCAAGGACUUUGGUGAUGGCAAUUCUCUCAAUGCGGCAAUAGAGUCGUACCAGCAGGUGUGGGAUCUGGUAGCGACACAAGGAGGAGAAGAUCUUUCGACGUUCUAUUACAACUAUGGUACGGCGCUCAUGAGAAGAAGUGCUAUCAGCAAUGUGGAUGCUCUCAAAAUGCGGCACGACGACCUGCAGAACGCUGUUAGGUUGCUCGCUCUCGCACUCAAGGUGGCCGAGCAAGACGACACAUUAGCACUGCAGAUACAGCUCAAGACUGCUCAGAGAAAACUUAAACAGCUAGAGGCUGGCAUGGAGUCACAGGAUACCGGAGCACUUGAGGACGAGACUAUUGAACUGCCUCUUCGUCAGGACGGACCCCACAUACGUUCCAUGACGAUGCCAUCAAACUCAACUUUUGGAGAUAAACUGGGCGUUCCAGUGACGCCAGAUGGAUCGAUGGAAACCGUACCCCAGUUUCAGCGCCGACAAACGACGCUUCCCGCUCAGACAAGCGUCCUUCGAGAUUUGGAUUGGAGACCGGCGCAGUCAUAUGUUCAAGUAUGGGCCGCUAGGAAUGAAGCGGCUCCUCCUACAGUAUUCCUCGAUGCACCGCAGUCACAAACCCCGAUCAAGGCAUCGUUUCAAACAAAAGUUUCUGAAUCGGCCUCUGAGCCACUACUACAUUCAUCAAUAAUCACCGCUUCCCCUUCUGAUAACUUCCCUAUGGUGGAGGACCAUUCCCCGAGUCCACCACAGAGGCAUAAGCAGGUGGAAAUCACUGAAGAAGAACAGAGAGGAAGACAAGAGGAGCAACCCAGCUCUAUUAAACCCACGGAUUUGACUGGACGAGUGGUUAAGACGAGUUUGUCUCCCGUCGCCGAGGGAGGAUUUGCGUCCAUUCACAUAGGAAACUUUGGAACGACAAAGGUUGCAAUCAAGGUAAUUCGGAACGUGGGCGGUGCCAACUUAUCAACGAUCCGAAAGAGAUUGAACAGGGAGAUGGAUGUCUGGUGGAAGCUUGACCAUCCAAAUAUUGUCCCGCUCUGGGGAUUUUCCAAUGAUAUGGGCCCAUUACCUGCGCCCAUUGCACCUGAAAAGUGGUACGAGAAUGGGAAUGCUGCUGAUUACGUCCAAAAGGCGGGUUUGGGAGUUGAAUUUCGGCUGCAGCUGUUGCGAGAGGUUUCUUCAGGGCUUCGCUAUCUCCAUCACCAGUCACCGACCAUUGUCCAUGGUGACUUGAAACCAGGCAACGUUCUCAUUGAUAACGAUGGAGUAGCAAAGCUAUGCGACUUUGGUCUUGCACAUUUGGUCACUGGGGAAGGAGAGACACUAGUCUCGGGCGGUGGAAACCCAGGAACCCAACGAUAUGCCGCACCAGAACUCAGGUGUCCACCGGAUGACGAGGAUAACAUCCUCGCGACGAGUAAGACAGAUAUUUACUCGCUAGCGUGCAUCGCAUAUGAGGCAAGUAGAACCACUGUACCGUCUAUCAUUGCCGCCGGUUACAAUCAUAUUCCGCCUGCUCGUCAAUCACAAGCGGACCAGUCCAUACUCGGUUCGCUCACACCACACUUUUGGGCACUUGCCGAGAGCUGUUGGGAUGAAGAACCAGAAAAACGACCAGACAUUUCCUACUUCUGCGAGCAGAUUGAUCUUGCUUUCCAUGCCAUCGAGUUUGCUUAUUGA